UCGAGUUGUUCGUCGCUUCUCACGUGUCUUUUCACGUUUAUGUAGCUUUCGCGUCCAGUUCUAUUCUUCCUAUUUCCCAUAUUUCGCAUUAUUACUGUAAUCGUGUUAAAAACACGGACCAUCCCUUAAGUUCAGUAAAAAGUGCAAUAAAAUUAUAAAUUAUCAUGGCGCUGGUGCAAGCUCGUCAAGCUGAGCUCACUACUGUGCAGAGUGAUUCAGAGUCUGGAAAUUCUGGAGAGGAAGUCUCUGACAUUCAGGAAGAAGGCAGCGAGUUAGAUGAAGAGCAACAACCUUCCAAGAAAGCCAAACACAGUGGUAAAGAGUCUGAUGGUGCGGAUGCCAGUGGGAGCAGUGAUGAUGAGGAAAAACCAGCAGUCGGAAAUGCUGGUUGGGCGGACGCUAUUUUGAAAGUGCUGAAAACCAAUAAACCGAAGAAAAAGAAGACGUUGGUUUUGUCUAGAGCAAAGAAGUUGAAUGAAACUGUGUUGAAAGAAGAACCUAAAGAUCCAGGCUUUGAAAUCGAUGGCGAGGAGGUGAAUCUAGAAGACAAAACUGAAGAUGUCGAAGAAAAACCUGACGUGAAACCUAUAUUGAGCGCUGCUGAAUUGAGGGAACAAAAGAAAAAGAGAAAACUAUGGGAAACUAUGAGCAGGAGCAAACCUAAUGUUCUAGCAAAGGAUCGAGAAAAAUCUUUGUCUAAAAUUGCCACAAGAGGAGUGGUGCAGCUCUUUAAUGCGGUUAAAAAGCAACAAAAAGACAUUGAAGCAGAGCUUGAUGAUGCAGGACACUCAGAGAGAAAACGGGAAAAAGUUUUGAAGUCUGUUGACAAGAAUAGUUUCCUUGACAUCUUGAUGGGCCCGUCAAAGAGUGUACUCAUUGGAAGGAACCAGUCGCAGAAAGUCGAACCAAAAGAUGAUAAGGAUGACGCAGCUCCGAUUUGGAGUGUUUUGAGAGACGACUUCAUGAUGGGAGAUGGAAAGCUGAAGGACUGGGACAAGCAGCAGGAAAGCGGGAGUGAAGCCUCUGCUGGUGAGUCGAUUUCAGACGGCGAUAGUGAUGAGUGAAUUAAAUAAAAACCAUGUUUAGAAUAAAA